AUGGCGGCGCCCACGCCGAGAGCUUUGAGGCGGGGAGAGAUCAGUUUUAAACUAGAUGAAAGAACAGCCCACAGCAGCUUGGAUCUGUUCAAAAAGGAUACCAGUGUUAUUUACCGCAUUGUUGGGAUUGACCCCACCAAAGUUCCUCAGAACAUCGAACGCUUCACGGAUUGGGCUGUAGUACUGGGGGAUACUGCUGUGUCUAGUGGACGCCAUUACUGGGAAGUGACAGUCAAACGGUCGCAUCAGUUUCGCAUUGGAGUGGCUGAUCUGGAUAUCUCCCGGGAAGGCUGCAUUGGGGUGGAUAAUCACUCUUGGGUCUUUGCCUAUGCUCACCGCAUGUGGAGUGCCAUGCUCGCCAAUAAGACCACUCCCAUCAGUAACAUUGGCCACCCAGAGAGAGUGGGUGUGCUGCUGGACUAUGACAGCAAGAAACUCAGCUUGGUUGAUGUAAGCAAACUUGAACUCAUCCAUAGCAUUCCUGCUGAGUUCCAGGGCCCUGUGGUACCUGCGUUUGCCCUCUGGGAUGGCGAGUUGCUAACUCAUUCGGGCCUUGAUGUACCUAAGAAACUCAGUGGGAACUGAAAACCUCUGAAGCCCAGUGACAUUUGU